AUGAAUACUACAAGUAAUGACACGUUUGCUCCGGUAACAGAAUCUCCUACUAUUAUUCAUCCUAAUCGAACAUUGUUUAUGAUUCUAUAUCGUUACGGAUUGGUAUUGAUAUUCUUAAUUGGAUUUUCGGGAAAUCUAGCAAGUUUGGUAACAUUCAUGAGUCCAAUUUUACGUGUUAUAUCAACUGGAUUUCUAUUCUUUAUGGUCGCUGUGUCGGAUAUACUGUAUCUAAUGAUAACAAUCUUUGAGUUUGUCGAAGUUGGCAUAGUACAAGGAGCAAUUUUUCUAUCUGUUUAUGACAAUGUCUGUCGCUUUCGUUGGUUUUCAAAAGGAUUUAUUCGAUUUUGUUCAGCAUGGAUUCUAGUAUUCAUUGCAAUAGAUCGUUGGCUGAGAACGCGUUUUCCAUUCAAGGCUAAUCAAUGGUGUACGCGUCGUAAUGCAUCGAUUGCAGUGUUGAUCGCUAUAUUAUUUGGCAUUGCUCUUCAUAGUCAUAUGUUAAGUACUCAACUAUUUGGCAGAUUCUUUCCUGGUAUUCCAUCGGUUGCUUGUGGACCUAUUAAUCCAACUUCAUUCUAUAUGCCUUUCUUUUUUACUCAAUGGCCAAUUAUUCAGGUAGGCAGAAAUAGAAACGAAGAUCAGAAAAAGAAAUACUUUGGAAUAUUUCAGGUCGUUUUUAUCUCAAUCGUUCCUGCAAUCUUAAUGCUUGCCAGUAGUAUCAGCAUUCAUCGUUUAAUUCACAAAGAGAAAAAACGUAUCCAACCGGUAAAUAGCAAUAUUCAUGAACGUACAAGACAAACACGCUUACAACGGCACAUGUUAAUUUUGAUGAUAUCAAGUGCCAUUCUAUUUUUAGCUACGACUUUGCCUAUUAGUAUUUCUCAAAUUACCAAUGCUUAUCUACUUGGUACAAAUGCUCAUGUCGAUUUGAAUGAAAUCAUCAAUGAAGAAGCCGUUGUCAAUCUUUUACUUGAUUUUAACUAUGCUGUAAGUAUAUUUAAUCUCUCAAAGGGAUAG